AUGCACGCAAUAUUCUUGCAAUUUCUGCGCUCAACGCUCUCUCGUCACUCCACCCGUCUUCACUUCUUUCCUCUUUGCCUUCCCCAAUCCUCUGCUCCUCCCCCUGACGCUCUCUUGACUCUUUGGCACCCUCCCCUCCCGCCCCCCAUCCCCUCCCCCUCCCGCCCCCCCCUCCCCUCCCCCUUCCACCCCCCCUCCAACUCCCCUUCCCCCUCCCUCCCAGCAGCGCACGAGCCAUGCUGCAUAGUCCAUCCAUCCACUCUUCACUCUCGCACUUGUUCGCUCUCACGUCACUCGCUUGCCUUCGCCUCUUUCCUCAUCACCCUCCCUUUCUUCCUUGUCACACCUCCGUCCUUUCCCCCUCCUCCUCCCUUCCUCUCUCUGUCCUCUCUCGUCCCAGUGGGUCGUUCACAUGGGAAAGGCAGUGGCGGGGGACAUGGAAUGGAGCCUUCACAAGCCAGGGGGAGUGCAGCAGGCGAGCAGCAGGCGAGGGGAGCACCAGGGCGGGCAGCAGGAGCGCGGGCAACGGGGCAGCAGCGCCGGCCUUAUCAACGGUUGAGGUUGCAGUAUCGCCCCUGCCACCGCACUCCACUCGAGCCCACUCCCCCUCAGGUUCAGGUCCGUCCCUUCAAGCCCCGCUCGCCCUGCCCACUCGCCAUUGAAGCACCCAUCCCUUCCGCCUGCACCACACAAUCAGCUAAGUUCCCCCCUUGCCUGCACCCUCGCCUGCAGCAUCGUUUCGUGCCCUUGGGUCUGCAGCUUGUGGCCGUGCCUCCACCAGUGGCUCCUCCUCCCUUCCCUUGUGCUGGAUUUCAAGUCACAGUGGCAGUGGGGAGGGGAGGGGGGCAGCACUCCACUCGGCUGGGAUGGGAUGGGAGAGUAUCGGGAUUGGGUCGUCUGAACCAAGGCUGUAGCAGCAUAGCAGCAGGGCAGCACGGGGGCAGCAGGAGGGCAGCAGGAGGGCAGCAGGACGCUCACACGGAAGUGGCACUGCCAGGGGACAUAGAGUGCACACACAGCAUCUGCUCUCCACCCAACCCACCCACAGCUGAGUACCCCCGCGCUUCCCCUAUUCUCCCAACCCUCCCUCCCUCUGUUGCUUUUCAUGUGCUGCCCUUUGUCACACACAAGAUGAGUUGCACUAAUGCCACCCUUGCAUGA